GUGUAAAACAAAACGCCAAUCAGUGCGGUUGCCAUGGAAACUGGGGCGGUGCAGCAGCAGAGCAGCGAUCCGCUCAGUGCUUCCCGUGGUCUCGCAGAGAAACUGAUCUGAUCAACAGCGUCCGCUCAGGUUCCCAGGUGUUUAAUCUCUGCAGCAGAUGGUUCAUCAGCAGCUGAUUGUGGACAGAAGAGCUGAAACGCCUCCAGUAAGCAGAAUAACCAUUUAGCUUGUCCGUGGAGACGAACCAUGGCAACGGAGGAUGGAGAAGGCGUGCGGCGAGGUGAAAAAGUUGGUUUGAAGAGGAAGCUGACGGGUCCUCCAAGGCUGCUGCUGGGAAAAACCAGAACCAGGAGCACAGGGGAGGAUCGACCUGAGACCAGGGCUAAGAAAGAGAAGAUGGAAAACAGUGAUGGAGACAAAAUCUCAGGAAAAUGUUCAGCUGCUGCAGCAGAUAGCGAAGCUGAGCUGACAGAAACUGUGGAGGAAGAGGUUUCAUCUGAAGCAAACUGCCAAGCCUCAGGUAAGGUUGAUGACACCAGGACCAGGAAGAGAUGCAGGUGGUGGAGCAAAUUCUCCUCAGCUGUUGGUUGCAUCAGGACAAGCGACGGCUCUGUUCCACCAGAAGAGACACUGCAGGAGGCCAACAUCGCCCCAAUGAACAACUUAGAAGAAAACAGUGAGAGAGUUCCUAAAGAGAAGAAGAAGUUUAACAUGAGGACAUGGCCGAUGUUCAAAAGGUUCAUGACUUCUUCAGAGAAACAGCAGAGAGACGUGGUGGAGAACAAUGACAAAUCUCCAGUGACCUUCCAGAAAAAACUGCAGAAGUUCUUCCUCAGACGUGGAAAGGGACGAUCGUCAGGUGUCCUGCAGGAAAACAUGGAGGACAUGAUGAUGGUCCAGGAGUCUACAUGUUUAGAGGACAAUCCUACUGAUGUGCAGAGCAACGGACAUGGUCGGAGUCCAGAGGUGGUGAUGGUCACGGCUGAGAUGAGCGUUCAGCUGACGGAAGAUCGAGCUGCUGCAGAGACUCCAGAUGAAAAAGCAACAAAAGCCACCAAGGACGAUUUGACAAACUCUGCGGACGGAUCAAAGAUGAUCCAGACUGCCACUGAUGUUGUUUAUGUCACGGCAGACACAAGUGAGGUGUCUGUUUUAGUUGAAGUUAUGUGUUCAGAGAAAGAUGAGGUUUUCUGUGACUCUACUGAAGCUGUCCUUGACCUCACUGAUCAACUCUCAGCCUCAACGGUUCCAUCUGAGAAUGAUCCUGAAGCGGCUCCUCAGGAGAAGAUGGAUCAAAUCACCUCCAAUUCUCUUCAGCCAUCGACUAACGGACCCUCCAUCCGGAUCGAGCUCUUUCCACCGGACGACGAUGGUCAGGAGGAUGAGGAGGACGGAGUGUGUUGGGGAGGCAGCUCACCCUCAGAGAACCACAAUCACCUCCUCCUCCUGUUUGACUUCGAACACAGCGAGCGACAGCUGCUUCAGACGGCUCGAUCGCUAGUUCGAGCUGCCAUGAAGGCCGCUGUGGAUCAGCUGAUCAGAGAGCAGCAGAGUGAUGCUGACUGUGUCCACCGAGAGCCGCAGGGCUGCAGAGAUCACGCCUGAAGACGAGUAACAGAGGAAGACCACUGCUCACGCGUCUACUAAACUUUAACCUGAACAGGAGAGGACUUCAGUCCAAAGGAUGAUCAAAAGAAGAAAAAAUUUAUUUGAAAGUAAUCUUAAUAGAUGAAAGGUAGAAAUACUUACAGUUACCUUUGCCCUGAGCUGAGCCUUACAGGUAGCAAGUGAACCACCACAAUGCACAACAGCCACAAUGUGUAAUUAUAUACUGUAUUUUUAUAUGAACUCUUUGACUGUUGGCUACAGAGUCCUACUGGAGACUCCAUAUAGAGCUGUCAUCACUUAUAGCUGCUAAACUACAUAUACAGACUAUAAUAGGGAUGUCCGAUAAUAUCGGCCCAUUGAUAUUAUCAGCCUGAUAUUGGGAUAAAAAUGUAAUAUCCGUCAAUAUCAUUAUCGUUUUUUUUUGUUUGUUUUUUUUGCCUAUCAUUAAAACUGAUCAAACAAUGCCUGGAUUUCGCCGGCAUUUACCAUAAAUGAUCACAUCAUCAAACUGCGUCAUGAAGUGUGUAAACAGAAGUGUGGCUGCCAUAACAAGCUUGCUGUACCUGACUAACAAUAUGUCUGUGGUUUGGAAUUAUUUCCAAGCCCACAUAUAUCGGUAUUGGUAUUGACUGAUAUCAGAAUCGGAAAAUGAGAGUUGGGCAAUAUCGGCAUAUUGGUUAUCGGCAAAAAAGCCAAUAUCGGACAUCCCUAGACUAUAACGCGGCGAUAGAUCUCAUCGACGGCAGACAUGUUGACUCGUCUACUUCGGUUAGCUGGUUCCAGGUUCCUGUUGUUAGACAGUCACUGGCAUCUCUUACUGAGACAGUACGAGAUGUAACUGAGCCAUUGCAAAUGAACUGUUUCCUGCUGUUCUUUUCCUGCUGUGAUGAAACAAAAUGCCUGCUGUAAGAGUUGUACUGAUGUGUUCUUCCAGACAAUGUUCCCAGGUUGUCCACAGUCACAUUCAGAUUUAUAACUGAUUCAGGGCUUUGAUCUGUAUUAACUGUAGCCUGAAGAGGAAACGGGUCCAGAUUCAACGGAAGGCCAAACAAAACAGCCAUGAAAAAACACAUGUAUAUAUUGUCUGCCUCCAGUGGAUGUAGAUUGUGGCUGUAAGCCUGCCCUUGGUCACUCAUGUCAUGUGUCGUCUUUCCUUCCACUAUCUACCGUUUUCAACAUCCCAUUUGCCACCAGAAACCAUGAUAACAAUCUCUGGGCCAGGAACCUACCCCACUGAAAAUUUCAAGUGCACUCAGACCAUUCUACACAGCACUGACUCAGCACUAGAGAAUGGUCUGGCUAUCCAAGACUAUCUUCCACCGGACAAAUCAUCAUUCCCCACUUAGAGUUAUUCUAAAACAGAAAAAAAAGAACCUACACGUACACACACAAACCCACAAAUAACUUCAUUGGACGCUAGCUAUUUUGGGGAGGGGCUUAGUGAAGUGACAGUCGUCACCAUCUGUGCAGCUCUGCAGACAUUAUUUUUACCUUUUUUAGCUGCUGUUUUGGUUUUUGUUCAGUCAGUGCUUGACCAGCUGAGCGACUCUGCUAGAGAUGAGCUGGUGAACUUAAUGGAGCAUUUCAUGGCUAAAGACACGCAUAAUUCCUGCAGGAGCUGGUGGAGACCAAAAUCAGAAUUGAAACCAGUCUCUCCAAGAUUUUCAAGAUUGUUGCGACAACUUUAGUAAAAAAUUGCAAUAGAAGUUUCAAUGCUGUAAGCAUAUUUGUUGCAAUGAAACUGCGGGAGACAGUGGCAGUUGCUAAAAGUUGCAUUUUUUUCAGCUUUUAGAACAUGUUUCAAUAUUCUAAUUGACAGUGUUUAUUCCUAUACUAAUUCUUUAACACGCUCCAACCCAUUUACACAAGCUCGCACCCCACGGUGGGAAAUCAGCACCAUCCAGAUACUGGUUUAACAUGAAGUGGUUGGUAGAUUUAAGGCUUUUAAGGGCUUUAGCAGUAAUUUUUGUUGGUAAAUGAGAGACAUUAGAAUCAGACUUGUCUGGAUCUUCAAACCAUAAACAAGGAAGUGAAUUCGGUGACGUGCAUGCAUUACAUUUGCACUGGAAAUUGCAAUGAUUGGUGGAACUCAUGGAAGGCAGGCCAAAAUUGUGGAAAAGUUGCGGUGAUUGGACAAAAUUGCAAGGCCGCGCAGAAUUCAUGGAGAUUGGUUGAAUUUGCGUGAAUUGUUGCGAUCGCAACGUCACAAAUUCAUGGAGGGGCUGUAAAAAGAGAACAAAUGUUUAACAGAGAUUCAUCAGAUCAACACAAACUCUCCAAAUGAACCAUGCUGUAACUACUAUUUGUUGAAAUAAGCAGCUGAUUAACAACAAAUUAUUGUUACAAGCUAUUUGAUGAGUGAAAUGUUGCUAUCUGAACAACAUACGAUCAGCUCAUGUGGGUUUCAUAGUUGGUGUCAGUCUCUGCCUGAGAGUCAAAACUCAAGGUAAAAACACUGGUGAACUCAGUAUCAUUAACUGUACAAUGAAAAAAAUGCAUGUUUUGUUUAAUUCUUUCUGAAUGAUUAAUUAUUCCUUAAAAUAGAUUCAGCUCAUUAACUUGCUUAAUAAUUAUUAGCGAUAAUUAAUAUUAAUAAAUUGUGUUAAAUGCUAAUUUUCUUCAGGUGCUGAAGCUUGAUAUUAGAUCUGAUGUGCUUUGAUAUUCUCUUGUGUAUAAUUCAGUUUGCAGUACUUUGUUUUAAAUAAAUAUGUUCCUCAUAUCUGACAUUUUACCUUUACUAUUUACAUCAGUUCGAAAAUAUUAAUUGAAAAAAGAAAAUGUUGAGCAUUUAUUCAUCAGUAUUGAACUCACCUCAAAAUGUUUGAAAAACUACAGCGCAAACUGAAUAUUUGUUCAUUUCUGAGAAUUAAAUGUGUUGUCUGA